GGAGUGCGAAUUCGCGCUGUUGUAGAUAAGGGACACGCGGAGACCCGGCAGCUCAUUCAGUUCGCCAUGGGUGAGGAGAGGAGCCGCCUUCUGCUGCCGCUGGCGCUGGCGCUGCUGCUGGUCGCCCUGCCCGGAGCCCUCGCCUCAGAAGCAUGGAAGCACAAGGCUUUAACAGAGAUGUUUAUGAGUGGACUGGAGACAUUUCAUGCAUCAAGAGUGAAGACACCUCAUUUUCAAGAGGCAUUGCAUCAUCUCACCCUGACAAAUCAUAUUGAGUCAGAAUAUCUUACAGAUCUGAGCCCAAAGGACCAGUUGACCACUUGUGUCCUCUGCGAUGUAGUUUUGAAUGCACUACUGGCAUAUUACAAGAAUGGGAAAUCUAAAGAUGAAUUACAAGCUUUAGUCUUGGAUGCUUGCAUCACACUCAACAUACAGACUGAGGAGGUCUGCAGUGGCCUCAUUGAGGGCAAUAUUGAUACAGUGGUGUACAUAAUUGAUAACACCCCAACACUGACAGGAAAUCAGAUAUGUAGUGUUCUUCUGCAGGACUUAGACUGUGCAGAGACUGAGCCUCCAUACGAAUGGACAGUUGAUAUUGAUCUGGGUGAGAAACCACAGUAUGUUCCUCCAUCAGAUCCAGUGGAGGGUGAGGUGCUCACAGUGCUCCAUAUAACAGAUGCUCACUAUGAUCCAAUGUACUCACCGGGUGGCAUGGCAGCAUGUGACGAGCCGACAUGUUGCCGCAGCGAUCAGGGUCAGCCACCAGACGCAGCAUCUGCUGCUGGUUACUGGGGUGACUACAGGGACUGUGAUAUGCCCUGGCACAGUGUGGUGUCUAUGCUUACAAAUGCUGUCACACAGAAUCCUGACAUCAAUUAUGUUUACUUUACUGGUGACAUCAUUGACCAUGGAGUGUGGCAGACAAGCAUAGAAAGGAAUAACGAGUCAUUCCAGCUUUUUUAUCCAACACUGAAACAGGCAUUUGGUGAAGCCACUGUUUUCCCAGCAUUUGGCAACCAUGAAGCACAUCCUUUCGACCAGUAUGCACCUGACGAUGUAACAGAUGAUACUGUAUCCUCCAAAUGGCUUUACGAAACAAUGGCAAAUCUGUGGCAGACAUGGCUACCAGCUGAUAUAAUACCAACUGUUAUGAAGGGGGGAUAUUAUACAACCCUUGUGAGACCAGGACUUCGGAUCAUAUCUCUCAACAACAAUGUGUGCUAUAAGUAUAACUGGUGGAUUCAUUACAAGCCUGCAGAUCCAAGUGAACAGCUCAAGUGGUUAGCAGAAACAUUACUUGCAGCUGAAGCAGCAGGAGAAAAAGUACACAUUCUUGGCCACGUUCCAUCAGGAUCUAGUGACUGCUAUUCAACAUGGUCAAGAGAAUACAACAAAAUAGUUGAUCGAUUUGAGUACACCAUAGCAGCCGUAUUCAAUGGACACACACACAAAGACAGGUUUCAACUGCACUAUGCUUCUGAUGAUGCAUCUAGGGCCAGCAUUGUUGCUUACAAUGGUGGAAGUCUUGUGACGUACAGUGAUGUAAAUCCAAAUUACAAAGUAUACAAAGUGGAUGGAAAUACAGGAGCUGUUGUGGAUUACACUUCUUGGAUGUUUAAUCUUACUGAAGCCAACCUUGACCCAAAUACUGAGCCUAACUGGUACAAACUUUACUCUUUCCGAGAAGCUUAUGGUGUGGAGUCUAUGAAUUUGACUGAAUUGGACAAAUUAGUCCAUCGAAUGGCUGAGACUCCCGAGAUCAUACAGCAAUACUAUGGAUACUCUGUGAAAGAGGGAGAUCCAAGUUUGGCAUCAGGCUGUGAUGCAAAUUGCCAGAGAAGUCAACUGUGCACUAUUGUUACAUCCUAUUUCAGAGACACUACUAAAUGUGAUGAAAUAACAGCCAGUAUGCCUGGAAGAGCAAAAAUUCUGAAUAAGUAAUUUAAAAGAAAGCCACAAAGAUGAAACUACCUUCUAACCAACACAUUACAACAUGAAACUAGUGAAGCAGUAAUGUAAAGAGUGAAAAAUCACUAAGCUUUUGAUGCCUCUGCAGAGUAUUCAUUUAGUUUAAUGUGCUAUAAUUUUUGUGGUCAUUCAAUUCUAGGAAGCAAUGAGUCAGUCACUCUAAAACUGUGAAUAAAACGUAACUUUUUUUUGAAAAAUGUGUUCCUGUAAACCAAAGAAAUCAUUUGGAACUUUUAUUCUCCAAGGAAAAUCAUUGAUUUUGAAAAGAGCCCUAUCUCACAAAGAAGACUGUUGUGUUUGCUCAACUCCAACCAAGAAUAAUAACACCUGUGUCAGUGUUCAGUUACAUAAAUUGCAUAAUAAUGUGUAUUUUUCUUAAGCAGUUUGAAGUUUCUUAGAGGCAUCUGCAGAACUGAAGUCUCAUAAUCAGAAAUUGCUUUUUGUUGAUAGUCAUACAGUUUAAUGACAAACACAAAAUGCUUGGGUUAAUUUUUUUACAAUACCACAUAGUCUUACGAAGUGAUGAGCAGUCUCUGCCAAUUAAAAACUCUUUGAGUGUUAUUCCACUGGUUAAUUUAGCAGAAACUGUCCUAAUUUUCUUCCAAAUAAUGUCAUUAAACAACCAAGUAAAGCGACCUUACCUUUCUAUGCUAUAAGCAGCAUUCAUCAGUAGCAAGUCUAUGCAGUCCAUUCAUGUCAUUAUUACACAGUUCCCUUGUACCUAACACUAGUUUACUGUCCACUUAAUGCACUCCCAGCACAGUAAUCACAACAGUUGAUUAACAGAAGUUCAAUACUUAGUGGUAGUGGGCUUAAUUGUCUUUCAAGUCACAGUCCAUCAAAAUAACAUAUCAUUACCACCUGUCCUGUUAUUCACAAUAUAAAAGUUAACAAAACAAUAUUCAUAAGCAGUCUGAAAUAAACAUUAAUGUAUGCAGUGA